UAACAUUGUCCAUAUUAAUAUUUUCCAACCGGAAAUUGAUAUAUAUAUAUAUAUAUAUUUUUAUAGAAAGAUAAUCUCUGUAAAGUGAUAGGAGAAAGAUGGUAAUAAAAUAUCUUAGUGUAAUAGUUAUAGUAUUUGCCACGAUUGUAUUUGCUAUUCCACCAUCUUUAACCGAUGAAAGCUUGGAAAAUACAAAUGGUACCAAUAUAACUGACGGGCUUUGUGAUAGUACACCAGAUAGUGAGUUGGUUUAUACUCAUCACGUUAGUGAAAUCGGAAUUCCAUUUUUCAAACGAAGUGAUACAGCGACUUACUAUGGUGAUCCGAGUAUAUACUGCAUUAAAGUCAUCAAUUUAAAUAGCGGAAGUAAUGUGGGACAUGUUAGUAUUACUGCAGGCGGUGUGGGACAUCAUUUUGCUGAGUUUUACAUGAUAUCUGACACAAGCCACGGUAUCGAAUUUCUUAUUAAUAUUUUUGCCAACUAGAAAAUACUGCUUUCUUUUUGUAUCGAAUAUUUAAUAAAAUAAGUGUUGCUAUUUGA